AACUCUUCUUGUGGUCUUCCUUUAAAGUUCUCCUUUUACCUAUAUUCGGAUUUGGCUUUGAUCUAUUAAUAGUUAUGUUAGAUUUGCUUCAGAUUUUUUUCUCACUUCUUUAUCAAUUUUUUCCCCCAGUGAAUCUCCAUAAUAUAUCGAUUUUUAUGUUCUUAGGUUUACAUCGACGCAUUCAAUUGGUAUAUACAAAAAGGCCUCACGGUAAUUGCGAUUUGCGAACAUCGUUAUAUAAACUACUGAUGCAAAGGAACUUGAAAAUAACCGAACAACUAAUGUAUCCGAAACGGAUUCGGAUAAUAGUACCCAAACUAACCAUAUUAUCCGAUUCGUUUCGGGUAUUUUGUAUCCAAACUAUCCAAAUGUAUCAAAAAUAACCAAAAAUACUCAUUAGAUACAAUUUUGUUUUAGUAUUUCUAUCCAAACAUAAUAUUUUAUCCGAAAAUACCCAAAAGUAUUGAGAAUAACUAAUACAUUUAAUUUUUAAUUUUAAUUUUAAUUAUUAAAAUUAUUAUACAUAAAAUUAUAAAUAAUAUUUAUAAAUAUAUAUUUACAUUUCAGAUAUUUUUGGAUACUCAUUCGGUUUUCGGUUCGGAUCGGGUUGGAUACCGGUUCUUCAGAUAAAUUAAUUUAGGAUCCAUUCGGUUAUUUACCCCGGGUUCGAUCAGGUUCGGAAUCAUGAUUUUCGGAUCGGUUUCUUCGGUUGCGGAUAUCUCGCCCAACCUUAAAUAAAAGAUAAGUAAGCCCAAUUUUAGUAACGGACAAAUUCCAGAUAAGUAAGCUCAUUAUAACAUUAGUGGGUAGUCUUGGCCGAACAGAAAUGUCACUGGAUAGAUGGGCUUUGCGCAUAAAAGUAGAGAGGCCCACAUGAUGGUAAGGUGUUUAAGCUAUCCCAAUAAAAUUUUAAGGGCAAAUCAAUCAUUAAGUAGUCACCCCUAAGCUAAAUGACAUGCUGUUGGUGCAAUUGACAUUUUCGCUGCGUUUUUUGCACUAACGUGGAAGUCCCUCUCAUAUACCUUAAGCGCGCAUUUACAAUUACAAAUACAAGACUAUGAAACGUGUCCUAGAAUAUAUGCAUUUGGGAGAGUGAGAAGGAGGUGUGGCUAUGACUUGGUGUGUUGUCUGACCACUUUUUCGAUUAAACAAUGUAAAGAUUGGUAAAAACGUGGCUUAGUCUUUCUUGGAAGCGUAAUGGGUGACCAUAUAUAUAUUACAGAAAAGGUCGGUUAACCACCUCCUAAGUGAACUGUCACGUAUAAACCUCUACUAUUAUAAUAACAAGCAAAGUCUUCUCUUCUUAUCUCGUGUGUUUGUUUGAUUGAAUGAUUCCAGUUCAUUUUAUUCUCUCUUUCAGCAGAACAACUUGUAGCUUUUCCUUUUACAUAUAGCCCAUCUUUCAUGUUUUAAUCUCUUAGUUUUGGUUUGGGUGAAGAUCUCUCACAGGAAAACAAGGCUUUGCUGAAGAAAGGUAACCUUGCCAUGUCACAUGCCUCAAAAUGUGAUUGUGCGAUAACAAUGAGGAAGAAAGAUGUUCAGAUACAAAAGAUGGAAAAGAAGAUGGCAAAGUUGAGAAAGCAGAGGGAUAUUGCUGAGUCCAGGCUUGAAGAUUUCAUGAGAAUGAUUGAACACCAUCAUCAGGCUUUAAAGUCUGGAACUCCCUACUUUGGCAACCACACAGACAAGUGGAAGGAUGAUGGUUCAGUAUCAGACACAUCAGGCGUGGUCAAUUUAUUAGACACAAGGAGUUUCAUAUCUGACGAUGAUGAUGAUGAUGAUGAUGAUAUCAAUGAAGAGCUGCCUAUGCGUUCACAAGAUCCAUCAGAUGAAUACUGUAGAGAAGUCCAGUGCAUUGAGAUUGAGGAAACAGCCACAGUCUUUAGGAAUAACAACCACGAAGACGAGAAAGAAGAAACUAAAAACGUUGUAGGCCACAGUGAGGAUCAUGCUAAUGAUGAAACGAGUGUAGUCCAAAACGUGAACCACAGAGAUACCAUGCAAGGGGCAGAAAGACAAGAGAUUGUGUUUCCUGAGUUAGAGUUGGGUUCUAGUGUGUUGAGGAGUGAUUCUAUGUCUUCUUCUUACGGGAGCAAUUCCACUGGCAUCCCAACGCCAUUGGGAGAAGAAGGAGGUAUCUCUACCUUCCAGACUUUCGUUGAUGGGCUUAAGGAGAUGUCUAAGCGUCAUCAAGAGGUCUCUAAUGCUGAGGCUUCUAGUAAAAUGGAAAGGGACCUUGGUGUGGACGGGGACUUUGAGAGAAAGCGGCAAGAGAUUCUGGAGCUAUGGCAAAGCUGUAACGUCUCUUUAGUGCGUCGAACAUACUUUCACUUGCUCUUGAAAGGAGAUGAGGCUGAUUCAGUCUACAUUGGAGUUGAGCUCAGAAGACUUUUGUUUAUUAAAGAUCGCUUCUCUCAGGGAAAACAAGCCUCGGAUGGAGGAGAAACCUUAACAUUGUCUUCAAGCCUGAAGGCGCUUCACAAGGAGAGAAAGAUGCUGAGCAAGCUUGUGAGGAAAAGGUUUUCAGAAGAAGAGAUGACAAGAAUCUAUCACAAGUUUGGGAUUGCGGUUAACUCCAAGCGCAGGCGUUUACAACUUGUGAACAAGCUGUGGAGCAAUCCCAAGGACAUGACUCAGGUUGCGGAAAGUGCAGAUGUUGUAUCCAAGCUUGUGAAGUUAACUGAACAAGGCAAAACCAUGAAGGAGAUGUUUGGUCUGGCUUCCACUCCUCCUCCUUUCUUGACAGCUCAGAAAGCGCAUGGUUGGAAAAAAAGCUUGCCUCCACUUUUCUAACCAUCUGUGUUUUUUUGGCACUGACAUUAUUAUACUCUUGUGUUUCUUGUAGCAGUGUGUAUGUCUUCUUCGUGUCCUUUCUUUUUCAUUUGUUUGUCUUUUGAUUUUGAAGGUGCCAGCCAACAUUGUUUUACAGUCAAAUGGAAUCUGUUGAUUUUGAAGGAGCAUGCAUACCUAUUCGUUUGAAUGUCCCACCAUCUAAUGAAAUUUGUUGACCAAAGUUACACUCAAAUUAAGAAAAAAAAAGUUACAGUCAAAUUUCUGUUAUGGAAAACCUCAUUAGAUAAUAUGGGAGAUCUAUUGACUAUUUGUAUUUAUAUAUAUGUGGUUAGCUCUCUUAAAUGUGGCUAUAAGUAAUGUUUAGUUGCUUACAAUUUAUUUAUUUGUUUCAAGAGUGGUUAGAAGUUUCUUACUGAAGUAGGCAACAUUCUAAAAGUCUAGAACUAUGAGUUGGUGAAUACAGAACAAUAAGUAGUUGUCCUCGUUUAUCUCUGGAACAUAUGCAUUUUAGAGAUAAAGAGAGACAUGUGUUUUUUGUUUUUGUUUUGUUGGGUAUUUUUCGAUUAAAAACAAUGUUUUAGACUGAUAAAACGUGACUUUAGUCUUCAAGCAUAGUUAGAGGGUGACCAUAACAGAAAGUAAACUGUAUUUUGUAAUAAACAAAGAAAGUCUUCUCUUAUUUCUUGUGUUUGGUUCAUUGAAUGCCUUCAGUUUUUUUCUUUCUUUCUCUUUAAGCACAACAAAAUAAGGCUUUUCUUUUUAUUUUGUAAGGCAUGUUUCAUGUUUUAAUCACUGAGUUUUGCCGAUUAUUUAUGCUCUUGUUUUGGUUACCAAAAAUAAGGGCCCCCAUCUGGUGUUUAUCUCAAAAGUAUUCUGGUUACACACUGAAAUCAAAACCAAUGGUGAUCAUCAUAUACUAGCACUUGCUGAAGAAGAUGGAAAAGACACACAUGUAUGUCGACCGAGAAGAGAAGAUACUGGUUAUGGUGAGAUUGAGGCCCCUAAACAAGAAAGAGAUUGCAGCUAAAGAAGCUACGGAUUGGGAAUGUAUCAAUGAUACCACCAUCUUGUACAGAAACACCUUGCGCCAAGGCUCAAAUAUUCCAUCUGCAUAUUCAUUUGGUAACUAGAACAAUAGCCUACUCUCUCUCUCUCUCUCUCUCUC